CAUUUGCUCAAAGCAAUGUUGUCUAAGCCAUUACGUUGCACAACAGAUCUGGAGGUGUGGCCGCGUUCCGACGACUACUACACGCACUGGGAGCAGCCUGUCAUACAGUUCCGACUCAGGGACCCUGGCAGUUGGCAUCCUUGGGUGCAAAAGAUCAAUGACUUCUUGAGGGAAUAUGAGACGACGGUCCCCGAAGAUCCUCCACGAGCUCCAUGCUCGACUAAACGACGAGACCAGUACACUAUGCGCUCGGAAACUUGCGAGUUGGCCAUGAGGACGUGGUCUCCGUGUACCGCUGACGAAUUUUAUGGCUACGCUCUUGGCACGCCUUGCGUCUUCCUGCGACUCAAUCACAUUCAUUACUGGGUCCCGGAGCCGUAUAACAUAUCGGUGCCACUGCCUAUCCCCAUGGACAUGCCAGAAAACUUGAGACAAAUUAUGCACCAAAGGCCUGCGCAUCAGUACGGGGACUUCAUUUGGGUGUCAUGCGACGGCGAGUUCCCUGCGGACCAGGAGAACAUCGGGCCCAUUCAGUACAUUCCCGCAAACAUGCCUCCCGGUUUCCCCACUGCCCGCCUGCACACUGCCGACCGCAUUCCGCAAUCUGCUCGCGGCCUGCCUGACCAGAUCCCCGGACCGCUCGUUGGUGUCUUCUUUGAGAAUCCUCGUCGUGGCGUGCUAAUCAACGUGGAGUGUCGCGUCUGGUCCCGUGACAUCACGCAGUACUACGAUCGCACCAGCCGCGUCGGGCGCGCGCGCUUCGAACUCUUCGUCGAGUAAACUCCUCUGGGAAGCAGUUGCAGUCUGCUGAAUCACACAUUAUUUAUUCCAGUACUUAUUCCAUCAAUCAAAGCUUUCCAUUAACACCGCAAAAGACAAAGAGUGUAACUUUUAAAAUAAAAAAUCUAAAUUAUUUUAAUACAUUUGCAAUUCAAUAAACAAAAAUAAUUAAUAAUAAUAAUAAUUACGCGUGAUCGGGCACUAUGGCAUACGCUUGGGGAGGCUUAUAUCCAGCAGUGGCCUGUAAUAGGCUGCUUGAUUGGUUGACUGAUUGAAUUAAAAAUUACUAUCUCAAAUUUGACCCAAUAAGCGAUUAGUAGACCAUUAACUCUUGCUGAUAUUCUGCCGUAUCCUGUAAACGUUAAAAAAACAACAACAUCGAUACACAUUACACCAUCAAUAAUACUAUCAAAGAUCAGGCAGUUAGACAUGUGCAAAAAUAUGCUUCGAAAAGUAAUGUAACGUCGCGUAACACUUCCGUAAAAUUAUAUUACAGUGUGAUAUCACCAUCACCCACACCACACAGACUAAAAAUAAGAUGCGUUUUAAGCAUUAUCCCAUCACUCAGUGCUUGCUUUGCCAUUACCAUCACAUUGCAAUAAAGUGUGAUAUUAUCACAUCUUGCGUCAUAUAUAUUAUAUUACUCCGUGCUAUUACAAUCACAUUGCAUUCAGGCUUGCUGAAAACCAGCGCUAUAGGUAGGAUAUCCUGCCCGUAGCUAAACGCUGAGCAAGUCCCGUUUGUGUGGCGACACCGAAA